AUGAGAAAGACGCUGCUUCUUGUGUUCGUACAUGGCUUCAAGGGUGGUGAUGAUACCUUCGGAACCUUUCCCGAGCAUCUUCGAGCACUGCUCAGUCACGCUUUACCCAGAAUCGAUGUUCUCGCCGUCCAGUAUCCGAAGUUCGAGACAAGAGGAGAAUUGAAGGAUUGUGUAGAGAGGUUUAGAGAAUGGCUACAAAACAGAGUCAUAGACAUCGAAGUCGCGCACUCCACGCCCUCCCCGACCGUCGAUCCGUCAGUACAUACAGUUCUCAUAGGCCAUUCUAUGGGCGGCAUCGUGGCAGCUGAGACUCUCCUCCUCCUCGCAAACGACCAACUUCUUCCGGCCUCCCCUUCCUCCUCCUCCUCCUCCUCCUCCUCUCCUUCAUCCAAGAAGACUACAGCCUCCAACUUUCCAUCAGAUACAACCGUCAACUCUACACCUAGUACUAAUCGUCCAACGUCCAACCAGCCACAAAGCUCCACCGCUAAAAGCACUACAUCCUCGCCGACUAGCAGACCUGAUACUCCCUCAUCUAAUAACAAACCAAACACCACAUCCUCACCAAAAGCCAGACCCAGUACCCCCUCGUUCAAUCCCAAACCAAGCACUACAUCCUCACCUAAAACCAGACCCAGUACUCCCUCGUCUAAUCACAAACCAAGCACGGACACCAACAGCCCCAAACUCAGCCCAUCAGCAACCCCAAUGUUCCCCCAGAUCAUUGGCCUCCUCGCGUUCGACACCCCUUUCCUCGGCAUCUCCCCUGGAGUGAUCGCUCACGGCGCAGAGGGACACUACAAAACCGCCUCAUCAGCAUAUAAUGUCCUCUCCGAACUCAGCUCCGCUUUCGGAUGGAGCGGCGCAGCCACCAGCCCCAAGUCACCUUCGGGUACCAAUUCUCCCAAGAACUCUGCUCCAAUCAAAUCUCCAUCACAGCCAGCGGGUCUGAUCACGAACGGCGGGGACGCAGCAGCAACCCCGCGCUGGCAAUCCUGGGGCAAAUAUGCUAUGUUUGCUGGUGCGGCGGGGGCCGUUGCCGCAGGUGGUGCUUGCUGCCGCUCUUUACUCACAAAGAGAGAAGUUGAGGAGCGGAUGGGGCUGGAUUGGUGGACAUUUGGAAACCAGAACCAGAACCAGAACCAGAACCAGAACCAGAACCCGAACCCGAACCCGGUGCAGUUGCAAAAUCAGGAGAAGAGGAAGAGCACCGGCGAUGCGAGAAGCGGGGGGGGAGAGAAGGGAAGUGGCAGCAGAAAUGGUUUCAAAGGCUCCGCGAACUUCUACACCCUCCUCGGCCGAGGCGCAACCAAUACCGAUAGUGCCGAACAUGUCGGCACCAAGAUCCUCGUGGAUGGGAUAUUGGAGAAGAGAACCUUUUGCAAAGUGCCACCUCCGAAGUUGGAAAGGAAGAAACAAGAACAGGCUUCGCAGAAAUCCAUUGGUGGCCCUAUCUCGGGCGAGAAGACCGGAGAUGGCGGACGAGGGGGAGCCUUACAAUGGAUUCCCGCUGUCAAUGAGAAAGCGAGUGUUGAGAUUCAGGCGCAUACGUCUAUGUUCUAUCCGAGGGAUAACCCGGGGUUUUAUGCGUUGGGGGAGAAGAGUAAGGAGAUUGUUGCGGGGUGGGUUUUGGAAGACGGCGGGAAAGGGUGGUAUGAGAGCAGUGAAGAGUUUACAUCUGGAGCUGGAAUAGAGCUCGGAGGUGGACCUGGGAAAAGCAAGGUAGGUGGGAAGGGUACGGGUGCUGGGAGCAGGAGAAAAGCAGCGGAGGAGUCCUCGGAACAUGUGUGGGUUCAUUCGAAAGAUGCGGAGGACGAUGGGGAUGGGGAUGUCAAGAUGAGGGACGGGAGUGUCGAUGCGGAGGAUCUGGAGGGCAGUGUGCUUGUUGACAAGGCCUCAUGA